AUGCCGCUCCCCGGCGAAGCAACCCGGCCUCUUCUGCCUCCUCUGGCGACGGAGCUCCAGCCGCCCCCGUCACCGCGAACGCACCGUACCCUACGGCGUCUCCAGUCGGCUCACACCCUCGGCUCCAAGGCCUCGAGCCAAGCAUCCCUCAUCACCCAGCAGCGUCUCCGGGAACAGCACCAGCAGCUGCAGAACCUACCCCAACGAUCCGCCUCCCCGGUGAAGCGGGAUGUCAGCGGCGGCUACGCGAACCGCUCUCCGCAGAAGCAGCGGGAGCGCGCCAGCAGCGACGCCGCCAAUAAGCAUCACAUCCAUCCCGUCGCGCUGGGCGGGUCCGGCGCCACCGCCAGCACCGUCUCGUCCAGGCAGCAUCACAGCGGCCAGCACCAGCAGUCCAUCCGCAAGACGCCCCUGGCGCACGCCAACCUGUCGUUGCAGCAGCUGGUGAGGGAUGGUCCGCCGGACGGGGAUCUUGUUGGUGCGUUGGAGGCGGCCCGUUACAAGAUCCUUGACGAGGGCAUCAAGAGCGAUAGCGACGGCAUGUCCUCGUUGCGGAUAUACGUAUGGCUCAUCCUUCUCGACGCCCCCAUCCUAUCCACCGACGACUACCUCGCCCUCAUCCACCGGGGCGCGUCGCCCGCCUACUCCAAAAUCCGUAACGAUACCUUUCGCACCCUCACGACCGAUCCCCUGUUCCGCCGCCGAGUCAGCGAGGCCAGCCUCAUUCGUCUUCUCAACGCCAUCGCCUGGAAGCUCCACGACGCCCGCGAGGCCGGCCGCCGCGAAAGGCCGAUGAGCAGCCGGUCCUCGCUCGCCCCCGACAACAUGUCGCUCAGCGGCGGUCUGGGCGGCAUUCUAGGCGGCGGUUUAAGCGGUGGCGGUGGUGGUGGUAGCGACUCGCGCCCCGUCACGGCCGGAUCCUCUCCAGCAGCCAAGAACCGGGCACGCGCGCUCACGCUGACGACGGAGAGCUCCGAGACGAGCCACGCGCCCGAGUCGGGCACGUAUGUGCAGGGCAUGAACGUGCUGGCGGCGCCGUUCCUGUACGCGGCGCGCAGCGAGGCCGAGGCCUUUAUCGGGUUCCACACGCUGCUGACGCGCGAGUGCCCCGGCUACAUCCGCGGCGCCAUGGACGGCGUGCACAAGGGCCUCGCCCUCGUGGACAAGGUGCUCGCCAUCGUGGACCCCAAGCUGAGCCUGUACCUCACCUCCAGGGGGCUCAAGGCGGAGAUUUACGCCUUCCCCUCGCUGCACUUGAUGCGGGACAAGAUUCUCAAGUCUCCUAGCCCCGGCAACCUGUUGCGAUCCCUCCCCGCACUGCAGGCGGAUUUGAUCAAGAGGGUAUCCAUUACCAUCUUGCAGAGGAUCCCGAGAGACGUCUACGCCGAGAUUGUAUCGCAUGCUCAGUAG